AUGGAGUACAAGGAAGAGACUAGAAUGACUCAUCCGGGGUUUGGGUUAACUAAGACGCAAGUUGCCGUCCCCCGCCACCUCGAGCUCCUCGCACACCUCUACCUCCUCGCCGCGGCGACGAGACGACGGCGGCUAGGCGAUCAGGGGCAGCAUUCCGCCCACCAACGACACCUCGCCGGCACGGUCUGCCACGGAAUCCCCUUCCCGCACCUCGCCGACGGCCGUCCGCCCGACCUCCUCACCGGCCGCGCGCGUCGAGCAACAUCGGUCGGCCACGACCUCCGUCGUCUACGUGAAUCGCAGAGCUCGUGGUCCAAGAACUGUACCCUGCUCCUCGCGCCCCGACGGCCGUCCGCUCACCUGGCCUGCUCUUCCUCCUCCUGGACGCCCACGCUCACGGACGCGCUCCGGCCACGAGCCACGACCUCCGCCAUUGCCGUGACUCGCAGAGCUCGCCGUCCAAGGACUAAAUCCCCCGCCGGGAGGGAACGUCCGCCAUCAAGCAGCCAGCCCAGGAUUAAUGGUGCUGAAUGA